CCCCCUGGAUCCCGGAAGUAACAAUUGCUCGAGUCUCGGUCGUAGCAGAUACAGCAGCUGGUCUCAGGGAAACUCGGAGCUCCGAUUGCGCUACUACAGAGAUCAACCAGGACACACAAAUACACACACUUUUACAAACACACGCAUACACAUACACACACAUCCCGGUGCUAUGGCGUUAAAAAGAAUACAGAAGGAGCUCCAAGACUUGCAAAGGGAUCCUCCUGCACAGUGCUCAGCUGGACCUGUUGGAGACGACUUGUUUCACUGGCAGGCAACAAUAAUGGGACCUACCGAUAGUCCGUACCAAGGAGGGGUGUUCUUCCUUACUAUCCACUUUCCCACAGACUAUCCGUUCAAGCCUCCGAAGGUAGCAUUUACGACAAAAAUUUAUCACCCAAACAUAAACAGUAAUGGAAGUAUUUGCUUGGACAUCUUGAGGUCACAGUGGUCUCCAGCUCUAACGGUCUCAAAAGUUCUGUUGUCCAUAUGCUCCUUGCUCUGUGACCCAAACCCUGACGACCCCUUAGUCCCAGACAUAGCGCACAUCUACAAAACAGACAAAGAAAAAUACAACAGACUAGCAAGAGAAUGGACCCAAAAGUAUGCCAUGUGAAGACUUAAUGGACAUUUUUUAAGUCACAGAUCACUGUUAAAUUCUAGCAUAAAAAAUAAAUAAAAUAAAAAAGCGAAAAAAAUGA